GAUCAGUUGCUCAUUGGAAUGACGGCCAUGACACAUGACCUCACAGGGCUCUGUGAUGUCACGGCAGGCAGGGCUCCAUGGGGCAGCGGAUGGGAGAUGGCCAGUUCCUAGGACGGGAAGUUGCUCCCACCUGGAGAACACUGAGUGCGUCUACCAGGACAUAGAGACAGGUCCUCUGACCCCGGUAUUCCCUGCCAGCUGCGACCAUGAGAUAUUCGCCAGAAGUCAAGAAGUCACCGCCACACCUGCUGCAGCAGUUCGCAGUGUGCGACAUCCCCUUGUACACCAUCUGUGACUACAAUGUCUCCCGGGACCGCUGCAAGGAGCUGGGGUGCUGCUUCUACAAGAGUGUCUGCUAUGAGAAGGCCGUGCCGGUCUAUGUUCAUGUGUUCUCCAUCCUGGUCACGAUCAUCGCUGUUACCUUCAUCGUCGUCAUCGUUUACAAAAGAGUCCGUGAGAGGAGGAAGCAGAGAUUCUCACAGAGCCUACUCUGCCACCCGAGGCCAGCAAUGAGGCUGCUGUCACCUCCCAGGAUGGACAACUGACAUCACAGCUAUCCAGUGGCACUGCCUCCAAGAAGAGCAACGAGAACAUGGAGGAAGAGGAAUUGGCUGUCACAGAGCUGGAAGACAUGGAGGACUGAAGUGUGCAAGGAGGAAGUGGAGAGCGCAGAAAUGUCCUUGCGGCACACAGCAGUGACCCCUGGUGGGGCUGCAUGGAGUGGCCACCCUAUGAGGCAAAUAAAGGUAAGAGUUGAAAAAUGUAAGAAGGUUUUCUGAGUAAGGAGUGGACCAAAUGCAUCCCUGUGCAAAAACACCCAGCGGAACAAACCUAGAGAUGGCAAAUGUGUGUGCGACAUUCACCUGACCACACAGGGAAGCUGUCAUCCCUGAGAGGUUCCAGUGCUGCAGGUACAGC